CACUAAGCUGUUAACAGGCAGAAGUUACGCAAUUAGUCAUUGAACUGUGCCCCUAUUCUAUAGAAAGGCCUAUAGUUACAGGCUGCAGACGACCAGAAGGGACACAGCUAAGGAGAAGCAAUGUCUCUGCAGGCUGCAGCUCGUAUAAAGCGGGGCUUGACUUACUGUGUGAAUAGCUGGACUUGCAGGACCUACUGCAUGAAGAAAGAGAUUAUAGAUGGCUUGAGAACAGUGGUGGGUGAGUCAAACAUAUCUACUGCAAUGGCUGUGCGAGAGCAGCAUGGAAGGGAUGAAUCAAUGCACAGUUGCAGACCUCCUGAUGUGGUUGUUUGGCCCCAGAGUGUUGAUCAGGUUAGCAAGAUGGCUGAAAUGUGUUACAGUAAUAAUGUGCCAAUCAUUCCAUUUGGAACUGGAACAGGAUUGGAGGGAGGAGUCAGCGCUGUAAUGGGUGGGGUCUGUUUUAAUAUGACGAGAAUGGACAGGAUUCUGAAUUUAAAUGCUGAAGAUUUUCAUGUUACUGUAGAACCAGGAGUUACAAGAAAAUCCCUUAAUAAUUAUAUAAGAGACAGUGGGCUCUGGUUUCCUGUUGACCCUGGUGCAGAUGCCUCUCUUUGUGGAAUGGCCGCUACAGGAGCUUCAGGCACCAACGCAGUACGUUAUGGCACAAUGCGAGAAAAUGUGAUCAACCUGGAAGUGGUCCUACCAGAUGGAAGAAUACUGAACACAGCAGGGAAAGACAGAAGAUUUAGGAAGACAGCUGCAGGGUACAACCUGACAAGCAUGUUUGUAGGAUCAGAAGGGACACUUGGUCUCAUAACCAAAGCAUCUUUGCGUCUCCAUGGAAUUCCUGAGGCAACGGUGGCUGCAGUGUGUGCCUUUCCCAGUGUCCAGGCUGCAGUGGAUAGCACAGUACAGAUCCUGCAAUGUGGUGUUCCAAUUGCUAGAAUUGAGUUUUUAGAUGAUGUGAUGAUUGAUGCCUGUAACAAAUUUAAUGGGCUAAACUAUCCAGUGCUACCUACACUCUUCUUAGAAUUCCACGGGACUGAGAAUGGACUGAAGGAACAAGUACAACAAACAGAGGAAAUUACCCAGAUGAAUGGAGGCUCGGAUUUCACCUGGGCCAAAGAUCAGGAAGAAAGAAACAAGCUUUGGACAGCCAGACAUAAUGCAUGGUAUGCUGCACUGGCCUUGCGCCCUGGAUCCAGGGGCUAUUCAACAGAUGUGUGUGUCCCAAUCUCCAAACUCCCUGAAAUUAUAGUGGAGACAAAGAAAGACUUAACAGAAUCACAUCUCACAGGUCCCAUUGCUGGGCAUGUAGGAGAUGGAAACUUUCACUGUAUUAUGGUGAUGAACUUGGCUGAUAAGAAUGAGGUUUCCAGAGUCAAAGAGUUCACAAACCGGCUUGCUAGGAGAGCUUUGGCAAUGAAUGGCACUUGUACAGGAGAACAUGGCAUUGGUUUAGGAAAACGCAAAUUAUUAGAGGAAGAGGUUGGAGAAGUUGGCAUUGAAACCAUGAAGCAAAUCAAAGCUACACUGGAUCCCAAAAACCUUAUGAACCCAGGGAAAGUUGUUUAAACAAUUGAUUCUUUUAUUCUCCUUGUUUUUAUUGUGAAAAAGCUGUCCGAAGACUGAAUACUUUUUUGUGUCUGAGAGGACAGUAUAAUGAGCAAUAGAGGCAAAAGUUUCAAGCUAACCACUGUAAACCGAAGAAAACUGUUCACUUACAUAUACUUUAUAUAGCAGGGUUAAAACUACAUUUUUGGUGGAAAUCUAUGUAAAAUCUUUGACAAUUAUUCCACAGUGCUCACGCAAAUAAUAGUGGGCCUGAUUAAAUUCUGCCUGAGCAGAAUUACUGAAGGUUUGGGACCCCUUGUCAAAUUUGGACUGCCACUAAACAACCAUCGGCACCUUUAAGUUAGUGAGGAUCUGAAAAUAAAGCUAAUUGAUGCCUACAAAGAAGGGGAAGGCUUUAAAAAUAUUGUAAAACACUUCCAGCUUGCAGUUUCCACUGUCCGUAAUGCCAUCAAGAAAUGAAAGGGGAGCUGUGGAAGUCAAGGCAAGAUCUAAAAGACCUUUCAUGCAGGUCAACAGGAGAAAGUCUUACCUGUGACCUUUACAUUGUAUUUACACUGCUUGUUGCGCCACUGAUCUGGUUUAUAUCAAGCUUACAACACAAGCAAUACAGAGUAAUUAUCAUUUGUUUCUACUCAUAACUGUUCUCUAUUUUAUAUCUGGAAAUGUUAUUUUAUGUAUUUAUUAAAGUGCGGAAGCACAAAGAAACCCUUUAAUGUUAGUACCUUUAAUAAAUGGAAUUAUUUAAGCAA